UGGAAGGCCUGUCGGAUUUUGCCGUCGUCGAGCGAGGUAUGAUUUAGUCCAGCUUGUUUUGAGGUGAGUAGUCCUUAAACCUUCUUUUUUUCCUUCCAAAAAUAGAGUUAGUGCACUGUUGUGAUAUAAAAAGCCGUAUAUUUGAUAAAAACACCAGCAAUCCAAGCGCAUAAACGCGCAGUUAUUUCACGUAAGCUACAGUUCGGCUCGGUUCAAACCUCGGAUUUCACAUGUGCCGAACUUAACGGGAGAGUGAACUACAUGUGAACUGCGACGUUUGAAUCAAUUAAAUUUGACUGUUUAAAUUAAAUGCGACGUUUGCCGUAUCUGCGACUGAAACAGUCGAAGAUUCGACUUUAAUUAAUUAGGUUCGACAUUUGAUUCAAACGUCGCAUUUCACAUGUGCCGAACUUAAUGCAUGAAUUUUAGGAAAUUAUUAUUAUAUUACUGGGAAUAUUGACCGCAAACAGAGUUAAAUUUGAUGUUUGAAUCAAAUGCCAUAUUAAACUACUUUAGUCGACUAAAAUAGGCAUAAUUAAGUUUGGCACAUGUGAAAUUCGACGUUUGAACCGGGCCUAAGUUUUUUUAAUGUAACCUAAACUGUUUAGGUUACGUCCGUUAGACAAAAGUCUUAUAUAUGAUUUUUAACCAGGUUUACGAGAAAUAUCAGUGAAAGCUUCGAACUGGCCCAACACGGAUCUGUUUUAAAAUGUGUAACGUUCAGAUGUCGAUGAGAUAACAAACUCAUCCUUCUCGCGAUCGGCUUCAGAUUUUUGCCAGCCGAGUGCACUAACAGAAAUUCAUUUCAACAGAUCUUGAUCUAGAGAUGCAACAUCAUGCCAUCAAUAGCUGGUAAAAAGAAGUGCCCAGUACAUUUUCAUUUGAAAGUGUGGAAGAUGUAAAAGUUGUGGAAUUUUGCCCAUUUGACAGUGCAGCAGGCGUGAUUGCUUACUGUGGAGAAAACAGAGUAUCUGUGGGAAUGUGUCUUUUUCAAGAGGAUUCUCAAGAUAGUCACCUUCCUUUGUUACAGUUUCAGCACAUUACAGACUUCCACCAUGGAACAAGCGUUCAUGCACUCGCUUGGUCUCCAAAAACAAAUGUCCAACACUUGCCAUAUUCCUUUCAGUAAGUACAGAAAGUAAUGGUUUAAUAAACAAUAACAAGCAUCCCAUCUCGUCAUCCCCAGUGAGCAAUAAUUGUUGGGAAUUUUGCAAGUUGUUUGUUCCCAUGCUGGUGAUGGUGAGGAAUUUACUGUCAAAUGUUUGGGUGGUGGUAGGGAAUUACUGAGUAAAAGCUGGUUGCAUUGAGCUAAGUUUGUUACUUUCACCGGUCAAAGUUAUUUCAAGUUUACAUGGUGUUAAUUUACUAAACUUUUUGCAAGUUUAGUAAAAGGGGGAUGUAGCUUAAACUUAUAACAGAUGAGAAAUGGCAUUUGAUGGGCGGGUGAGCCCUUUUAAGACUUGGCCUCUUCUUGUUUUAUGCAGGGCUUAACACUAUUGUAUUCAAGUUGCCAAGUACUGUAAAUCCUCUUCUAAGCCCCCCAGAGGCCUUUUUUAUUUCAAGCCCAUUUUAAGAUGAUGGUUUCAGUUCUCCAUAAACAACUAGAAUACAAAUUGUGGAAAAGCUCAAGUGCAAGAAGGUUGGAGGUCAUGCAACUGAGGAUUAGAAUCAAAUCCGAACUUCCAGUUGGUAAAUAAACCAUCCCGGGUCAGUCCACACAAAGUUUUACAGUCGUGAUUGAUUAUUAAUAUACUAUCAUUUAUUAGUGAAGAAUAACUAGGGGAGGGGAUGGGGGCUUAAUGGAGAGAGAGGGCUUAUUUUAUAUUUUCUUCCACUGAAAAGGUGGGGGCUUAUUAGAAGUUGAAAGGGGAAGCUUAAUAAAGGAUCUACAGUAUAUGCAUUACUAGUACGCAGGGAAUUGAACAGCUUGGAAGUACUUUUGGUUCUAUGACUCUAUCUUCCUUUUGUUUCUCCUGAAAGUAGCUGGGGGCAAUGCUUAUGUUAGCCAAGGGAAAUCCCUGCUGAAAGAGCAUCUUUGAUGGAUAAGGGAUCAUUAUUUUUCCAUUAUAAAUAAAGUUAACCAUAGAUUAUUUUAAUGAAAGUUCUACCUUGUUAAAUUGUCUGAAAGAAAGUUUGCUUCCACUUAGGUUUUGUACAGCAGGGGAUGACAAAAAGCUACGGUACUAUGUGUCUGAUGGUAGAAACUCAUCAACAGUAACACUUCUGGAAGGACAUCUAAGUUACAUCAAUGACUGUGUUGUUGAGCCAGUUUCUGGUCUUGAAGUUGCUAGUGUCAGUGGUAAGUAAUAGCAAAGAUCUGUUUUUCUGACCUCAUCUGGGAGUUCAAUGUGUAUUUAUUUAAGCAAAGGCUUGCUUUUUUUCUGCUGGAAAAAAAGGGUUUCUAUGUAUAGUUUUAAUAAAUUAUUCCAAGUUGCAGUCUAGGGUGCAAAGAAAGUCAGUUUUUACAGCCUGCCGUUUGGGCAAGCUUUAGCUAGCAUGUACUAGCCCACAAGUCAUUUCAACUGGCCCCAAAACCCUUUUUAUUUAGCAGGAUUGAUUACAAACCUUCUGUAAUUUGAAUUUCCCCAAAAAAUUCACUUGCCUGUUGGGCAAGUUAAGAACAGAAUUCACUAGCCUGAAAGCAAAAUCCACUAGCCCCGGGCUGUCAGACAUGACUAUCUUUGCACGCUGCAGUCAAAAUAAUGUGUUAUUUUAACUAUCCUACACUUAUGAAUAUCGAACCUGAUAUUUAUUGCAUUUUAUUGUGCAGAUGAUCACACUUGUCGACUGUGGGAUUUAGAGACUGGAACACAAAAAACUUGUAUUCCCCUUAGCUCUGCCGGAGUGAGUGUAAAGUGGCAUCUUCGUGAACCAAACAAGGUAGGAAAGUCAGAUCCUUAAAACAUAAAAUAAUAAUUAUUUUAUGUUUUAUACUAAUUAUUAGUAUAAAUGGUAUAAUCUAAUUAUACUUUGGCAGUGUUGUAACUUGUUGGAGCAAUUUUCUUGGUGACUUGUACUAGAGCCUUGGGAAAAGAUUGAAACAACAGGGUUGUCAUUAAGAGCCGGGGGCCGGGGAUUUUCCCCGGCUACUAAGAGAGUGGCCCCCAGCUACUUUUAUUGGAAAAUAGAAGAAAAAUAGAACCACAAGAAAUGCCUAGCCGUUUGAUUCCCCGCCUACUUGUUGUAUUUACCCUGCAACUUGAAAUCUUGGUGACAACCCUGAACAAGAUGAAGCAGGGUUGUCAUUAAGAGCCGGGGGCCGGGGAUUUUCCCCAGCUACUAAGAGAGUGGCCCCCGGCUACUUUUAUUAGAAAAUAGAAGAAAAAUAGAACCAAAAGAAAUCUCUAGCCAUUUGAUUCCCCGCCUACUUGUUGUAUUUACCCAGCAACUUGAAAUCUUAGUGACAACCCUGGAUGAAGGCAUGGUUGGAAAAAUGCUUCUGAUAAACAAUUAGUUUCUGUUCACAAAUUGCCUUCAAAUAAAUACAAGGGACAGGAGAACUUGACAUCAGAUCAAGAGUGCUUGAUAGUCCGGACAUACCCCUUCAAAAGGGUUUGUCAUGUCGGGUAUGCCGUCACCAGGGUAUGGAUAAUUUUUGUGUGAAAACAAAACAACCAAACAAUACAACUCCUAGUACCAUGAUACUUGUGGAUUCAUUAUUUUUGGCAUUCCUUUAUUUGGCUAGGUGAAGGGUGAAGUAGUAUUUGCUGAUUUUCAUUUGUGGCGUAGGCCACUUUAAAAAAUACAAUGAUGUAAUAUGUUUGGAAAGGCUUCAUAUCUAUACCUCACUUUUGCAUUAUCUUUUGUGCACGAUUUGCACAUGCAGUGCAUCAGUUUAAAAAAUUUGCUCACUAAGUGUAUAUGCAUACAAAUACAAUGUUGCUAACGUUCAACAUAGACCAUUGCCCAAGUUUUCUUAAAAUUUAAUAGAGUUUGGCAAUGAGAGAAGUGAGUUGGAAGGAGCACUCUUUUAAUCAGCUACAGGUUCUAGUUCAAGCCUCCAAAAUGUACUCUGAAUUUUUGUUGUGCCGUUGUAACAAAAUAGACCAUUAUAGAUAUAAAAAGUACGUUUCUUUUUGGAAGUUGGUCAUUGCACUUGCAGUUCAUGCAAAGAUCAAAGGGUAAUUUGAACGUCUGGUUUACAUGAAGCUCUACCCAUGGCAAUUUGAGAGUAUUAUGCUAUUUUUCAAAGGAGCGUAUUGAAUACACCCUCUUUGAUCCAUCACUUUGCUCUAGAACAAAUUUUUUAUUGAGUUGAUCUUUCUAUAUCCAACAGCUGAUGGUAGCACAAAAGAAUGGCCUUGUUCGAUUUUAUGACUUGGUCAGCCAACAACCCAUCAUGUCACUGAGCACAGAACAGCUGCCAUUGAUCUCUGCUGACUGGUGCUCAACAAAUGAUCUGAAGGUUGGGGCUGUUGCAAGAGAUGACUGGCUCAUUUGGGACAUGUCCAAAUCAAGGUGUGUUGCUCUGUGUAGGCUUUAUAAAUAACAGUGCAUAAAAUAGGAGAAUUAUUAUUAUUAUUAAUGGUAAUAGGACUGGGUGGAGUCCAAUCUAGCUGAGUGGUUUUCUGGUCUCUGUUGUGCUAGAUAAAGAGCUAAAACUUACCACAAGGCCAUUUACAGGUCGUACACUUUGUGGCCUCCUGAUCCAGAUGUAAAAUAUUAGCUUGUGCGAAGUUCGCGCAUGUGCAGAAAGCAAAAUUUCAAGAUAGUUUUUGGGUUUAAAAGUGACACAGCAGUCUUGACUUUUACUUUCCGCUUUCUCUCCCCCUCUUUUCUCGCUCUUCUUGCCUCAUUUGUUUUUCUCUUGCUGGACACUUAGUAGGCUUCAUUUUGGUGGGAAAAGCUUUUAGGAUCUUAGGAUUAGAUGAAAGGAAAGGUAGGUGGGUAGUGGAACAACAUUUCCAUGGCAAUUUUCAAGUCAAUGUUACAUUGUUUUUUGCCUUUUUCUCUGGUGUCCUUUUCUGAAUUGUGCUCAUUCUGGUAUGGUUUGUAAGAUCUCUUCACUCUGCACAAGUUAGCAGACAAAGUUAUCCUUGACAAUCAAAACUGAUGACGUCACAAGCUGUAGAAAGGACAUGGAUCCACAUGGGCGUUUACCGGGCCUCAGGGGUGAAUGGGUUAAUAAUUAUCAUUAUGUAACGAGGCAGUAUAGCUGAGUGGUUAGCGCGUCAAGUGUUCAGCAUGCUGAGUGGUCAGCAUGUCGAAAUCCCAGUCCGGGGUCCUGGGUUCAAGUCCCUCUCUGGCAACUUGCUGGAUUUGUUCUGUGUUGUCAGGAGUUCAAAACCUUGGCCACACUUGUACAUCGCCAACUGGUUGCCUCCUUCCAGUUGGGGUUUUUAACCCUAUCAUGUUCUAUUUGGAUUACUAAUAAUUGAGUGGAGUGCCAGUAAACUAGCUGAGUGUAAAAUUAGGCUAAGUGUACUUCCCACUGUAAACAAACUUUUAACCUUUUUUACAAGAUAUCAAAAACUGAAGUGAUCCACAAGAUAAUUAUAUUAUUUUAGCUUAUAGAAUGUGAAAUGUGAGGGAUGAUGUCCAUAUCCCUCUCUUGUGCUUCUUCUGUCUUGUGUGCAGCUAUUUGUAAUUAUCUUAUUUGACAGAUAAUAAUGAUACAAUUCACAUAAGCCUUUGGCUGGCACUAAACCCACUAAGCAAUUUCUGUGAAGACAGCAAGAGGAAAUACUAAGAUCUUGAUAUGCAUACUUAUUUUACCUUUACACCAUUAUUUGUCCAUCAUGCACAUUCUGUUCUUGUUUCAGUUUACCUGAGGCUACUGAACAGGCUCAUCCAGAUGGGGUGUGCAAAUUUAGGUAACAAAUACACCUUGUUUAAUACUUUCUCCAGUUACCAGCACAGCUGCACAUCAUUAACAGUUUAUGUGUUUUACAAACUGGACCGUACAACAUAACAACAAAAAUUUGUAGGGCGGCAGGGUGCCCAGUGUAUGAUUUCUAUGAAAAACUAAGAUCUUCUAGUUGCCUGAGUGCAAAGUCAGGUGCCAGGGGCCACCAGGCAGUGCUGCUACAGUACAGCCUUGACUACCUGAAGGUUUACAGUCCUUUGAAAUCACCAAAGUCAUAAGCUGUUAACCCUUUUAAGCUCCAAUAUUCACAUACAAAUUCUCCAAGCUGAUCUCUAUACAUUUCCUUACAGCAUCAGUUGAGAGAAUUUGUUCAAAGAUCAAAGCAUUUUCCCUUAGGUGAUCAUUUUAUUAAUUCUCAUAAACUUUUCUUUUAAUUGUGUGUUAACAUUGUUAGGAGAAAAUUUAUCUUGGUCACUCUUGGGACUUAAGGGGUUAAGAAAAGUUUGUUUACAUGAUAACGUCAUAUUUUUACCUCUAUGACCAGGGUUUUGCUUUAUAAUAAUAUUGUACAAAAUUAGGGCUUUUGUUAUUUAAACCUUGCUGAAAAAAAGGAGAAGGGAUGAAAGGCAAAACGAAAAGGAUCCUGGUAGUAGCAGUAAAAUGACGCCAUCAUGCAAAAUAUGGCCUAUUAAAAAUGAACUACACAGCUAGGCAAAUGAACAUUGUAUUGUUUGUUUCUUACGACAGGUGGUCUAAUGUACAUGAAAACCUGUUUGCAACAACUGGCCGCCCUGGUAACCACAUUAACGUCUACCACAUGGAACAUCACAAAGUUAGUUUUUUAUAAGGAAUUACAAUAUGUAAUAUAAUGAUCAAGGAUACAUUUUUGAACCACAACAUAUGAUUAUUUUCCACCAAAAUCGAUGAGUUGUGAUGAUGCAGUUGUGAAUAAAAGGCCGUAAUAGUUUGAAGAGUACAAGUUUAUUGGUGCAGCUGGUCUCUCAGAACCCCUACCCCCUUAUAGGCUCUUCUGUGGCUAGUCCUAGACCAGAGCCUAGACCCCAUGCAUCUUAGUCACUUUUAGGCAAAUAUAAUGUUCACAAUCCCAACUUAGUCACUUUCUGUCACUUUUUUAACCACGCAUCUUCCCAUUUUUAAAUCCCUAUCUACCACAGUUUUCUUACCCUCAAAAUCUUGAAAAUGUGCUUCCUGAUACCAUUCUAGUAACUAUUGAAAAUACAAUCUCAUUAUAGUAAAUCCUGUCGCAAAAAUGUGACCCCAUCCAGUGGCUCAUCCCCAUUCUAUUACUAAUGUUCCCCCGGGACCUUUCCUGCCCAUGUGUAGCUGACUUGCCACUCUUUUAUUUGACAGAUGCCAGUUUCAUGUCAGAUGCCUGUAGGUGGAGGUCUUUCCUGGCAUCCAUCUUUACCAGUGUGUGCAUCAGGUGGUGGAGAUAAGGUUCACUUAUGGUUUCUAGAAGUGUAG